UGCGUUUUUACUCUCCGCCUGUCAUUGUUUAGGCUCGGUCGCGUCGCUGCCGAAUAGGCAGCCCGCUACCCGAGGCUACCCACUGUUUCGCUCGCGUUUCGUUCCACUGUCGAAAAAAUCUCCGGACGGAAAGGCUCGCCGUCGCAAAACAUAGAAACUACGGUCUAUUCGGUCCUAGGUUUCGGUGGUGCUCGCAGCUCGAGCGCGUGUGUGCAUUUUGUCGUCUCUCGUAGCAGCAGCGCAGCACAAGUACUGCCCAGAAACUCAAAUUGCAACAUACAAAAUAUAUAUUAUUUUUUUCGAAAACAAUACAAAAUCUACUGUUUUCGAAAUAAAAAACAAACAAAAAAAUAUAGAAGCAGCAGCACUUUUUAUAAACCACCCACCACCACUCGUCGUAUUUUUCGUCUAUAUAUUAAAUAUAUAUUGUCGUGUGGAAGGCUGCAAGUUGAUGCAACAAAAGCGAAAAAGGUUUUGCGGCAUUUAGCGAACACCUUUAAUUUAUUAUUUCACUUUUGUUUGUGUUCGGGAAGGAAAUGCGAAAACUGUGUCUCAAAAAAAGAGUGAUUUUUCCAAAAAAUAAGAAGGUUUUCUCGACAAGUGAUUGAAAGCCAAAUGUCACUGUGAAAAUGCAUCCACAAACUAAUCACAAUUCAAAUUGCAACAAAAAUAUAAACAUUCAGCGACAGAUAGUCUCACGAAUGCAACAAAAUGCGAAUCAAGCAACUAAUUUUGAACAUUAAAACAUAAUUUUUUCAAAUUAUCAAAUAUUUCAAGAUUAAAAUGAACUGAAUCAACGCAAAAUUUUUAAAUUGGCAACAUCAUUUUUGGUCUAAAAAAUAAUUCUAAAACAAAACAAAAAAAAAAAAAAACGAUUUUUGGCAAGCUGCGUGGUGAAAAAAUAAAUAUUUAAAAAUAAAAUAUAAAAAAUAACUCAAACGUCCACACGUGAAAAUGUUUUGCAACUAAAAAUAUCAAUGUAACUUUUUUGUAAAUCUAACAACUAAAAAACAAAAGGAUUAAAAGGCAAAGGAGUUAAAGAAGGAAAACCGUCAGAUAUCAGAUAGAAAGAAGCCCAAAGGAAGUAUCUUUUAGAACAAAACGCAAAAAGCCGCUAAAAUUUAAGCCAACAACUAAAUUGGUCAAAUAUUCAAAAUUAUUGGUUCGGACAAUACGCAAUACUAUACAACACAGUAACACAGCAGCAACAACAACAACAACAGCCAUAGCAACUGAGCAACAAACAACAACAACAACAACAACAACAAGGGAAACUACUACUACAGUAAUCACUACAGUAAGAGCAACCGCAACAGAAGCAGCAGCAGAAAACGUGUGUGUUAGUUUGCAAUAAAAAUUUCGUUUCGAAAAAAAAAAAUCAAAUUUAAAAAUAAAAUAUUUAACAGACAUAAUUAAAAAAUAAAUAACUAAAAAUUACAAAUAAAAUAUAAAAAAUAAAUAUAUCCAAUACAAAAUAUCUAUGCUUACAAAUUAUAUCGGAAAAUAUUUGGUAAACAAUUUUUGAGUCUAUACUUAAAUAAUUAGUAACUAAAACUAAUUAGUAAAAAAAAAAAAAUAAAAUUAAAAACCUUUGGCCCAAAGUGCAGUGUAAAAUAUUAAAAAAAAAAAAACUUACAAAUUCAAAAUUAACAUUUGUGAAAGUGUUUUGAAACUGUAUGAUUCUGGACUUGGAUUAAAAACGAAAAUUUGCAAUUGGAUAUUAAGGUAACUAUGCUUGUUCUGAUUUUUUGAGAAGCCACCAUCUGGGUUCUGUUUAAUAAUGACGUUCAUUUGUCGUGUUCGGAUUCGGAUUCGUCGACGUUGUUCGUAAUUUAUAAACCAUAAAUCGGUGUAUUUCUUAUGCCAACGCCGUCAUCACAAACAAUACAAUUAUCAGUAACGAUAGCGGCGAAAGUUAAAGCAUCGGAAGUACAUCGAGAACCGGAAUUAAACGCCAAAACGCCGAGAACGACAAACAAGAAAUUAUAUAAUCAAUUGCAAAAUUCCCUUUGGCUAAGGAAUUGCAGCGGCCGAAUUGCUUUUAUGCUCUACAGCCAGCUACAAAAUUCCACGAAAUUCCAUUUUGGCAAAACGAUAACAAACAAAUCAAUUCGUAUCACUCGACAACAAGACCAACAAGAACAGAAAUUCAAAUCGAAAAAUCAACAAAAACAUCAAAAUAUUUGCAAGAAACAACAUCAUCGCUUUGGCAUCCUGAAAGGCAAUAAUAUCAGCAAGGAUACUGAUCAGAUUCAGGCUAAAGAUAAUAACGGUAUAGAUAUAGGCGGUGCAACGGAGAAGGAAGCACAACUGCUGUCAAAAUGGAUCCACAGCAGCAGUUCUGCCUCAAGUGGAACAGUUAUUCCUCGAACUUGGCAAUAACAUUCUCCAAUCUGUUCAAAUCGGAUCUACUGGCCGAUGUUAUAUUAUCCUGCGAUGGCGCGGUAUUCAAAGCACACAAACUUAUUUUGGCGGCCUGCUCGAAAAAGUUCGCCGAUCUGUUCGAGAACACGCCCACAAAUGGCCAGUGCGUCAUUAUCCUGGAGGCGACUACGCCGGACAACAUGGCCGCCCUGCUCGAGUUCAUGUACAAGGGCGAGGUCCAUGUCUCCCAGGAGGCACUCAACAGUUUCCUCAAAUCCGCUGAAAGUUUGCAGGUGAAAGGCCUCUCCACUGAGACGGGACGCCUGGCGGCCCAGCAGGCCCAGCAACAACACAUGGGUGACUCCUCGCCCCUGGACUCGCCGACGGGCAGACGCAGCAUGCGGAACAGCCUGAGCGGCGGCGGCGGCGGCAACAUCGUCCACGGCGGUGUGGGAGCCGGUGGCGUGGGAAUGGGCGGCGGCGGAGCUGGAGCCAACUCGAUACCCGGCGGUCUGGGCAACGGCAACGGACUGAGCCUGGCCGGAGCCCUGAGCGCUGCUGGGGGAAUGGCAGCGGCUGCCAGUGUGGCUGCCAGCGGACUGAGCGCCUUGGCGGCCAGUGCCAAUGCCCUGGACAGAUGCACCAGUGCCGGUGGCAACAUCAUCGGCGGCACAGCGGCUGGAAUCGGACCGCUGAGCGGAGGAUCGGGAACCGGAGCCGGUGUGGGCAUCGGCGGUGUGGGAGGUAAUGGCGUGGGAGGAGGAAACAACGGACCGAUUAGCCUGGGCAGCGGUGCUGGCGCCGCUCUUCACCUGGGCGGAUCCACCGGCAGCCUCAAGCAGGAGUGCGACUCCCUCAUGCAUCCCAGCAGCAGCAGCAGCUCCUCCGGAAUGGGCUACACCCAUGUUCCCCCGAUCUACCGACCCAUCUCGUACGAACCUCUGCGGAAGCGCGCCCUGCGCAGUCCCUAUGCCGAGCAGGAGCAGCGUGGCUCUGUCCUUCGUGACGGCUCCAAGAACUCCCUGUCCGACUGCCCGAGUCCCAUCAACAAGCCACCGUACCACCGUCCCUCGUCCAGCGCCUCCUCGACCGCACCCACCGAGGCAGAUACCAUGCACUCGGAACGAGCAUCUCCGCAGUCCAGUCGAUAUGAAAACCACAGUCCCAGCACCACAGCCGGCAAUGGAAACGCCACCAGCGGUCUGGAUCGCAUUGUGAAGUCGGAGCGUAACAAUGGCAGUGCCAACGAGGCCAACGAUGACGAUCGCGAACUGAUGGAUGAAUCAACUGAUAACGGAGCCGAGGACCUGCGCGUUAAGCUAGAGAACUCGAACUACUCACCGCCACCGCCGCCAAACUCGAACACCUCGUCGACCACACCGAACGCCCUGCUGGAGAACCUGAAGAACGCCGACGGAUCGCUGUCCGGCAAUCUGGCUGCCUCGAUAGCUCCGGCGGAUAUGCUGAACGUGUGGAAUGCGACCAAGAUGAACAACAAGAACAGUGUGAACACGGCCGAUGGUAAGAAGCUGAAGUGUCUGUACUGCGAUCGCUUGUACGGCUAUGAGACGAACCUGAGGGCGCACAUCCGGCAGCGCCAUCAAGGCAUCCGGGUGCCAUGCCCCUUCUGCGAGCGCACCUUUACCAGGAACAACACGGUGCGGCGGCACAUUGCGCGAGAGCACAAGCAGGAGAUUGGACUGGCGGCGGGGGCCACUAUUGCGCCCGCCCAUGUGGCCGCAGCUGCGGCGGCGGCGGCGGCCGCCAAUCACUCGCCAUAGGAAGCAGCCGCAACAGCAGCGGCAGCAGUAGUCAUGACCGCCCACAAGGAGGCGGCGAAGCAGCGCAAACGUAAAUCACUCAAGAUGGCAUUGGAGAAGUGCAUGCAGCGACGGGAUGCACUGGUGGCGGAGGCCACGAUCACCACACCAAGCAGCACAACGGGGGCAGGAGAUGAGGAGGGGGCGACCGGAUCCGAUGAGGGCAAAGAAGGAACGGUAGCAGGGGCAGGAGUAGCUGGCUCAGCGGGCACUGAGCCACCACUCACCUACGAACAACAACAGCAGCGGAUGCACCAGGAGCUGGCGCACCAAAUCAAGGCAGCGAUGGCCGCUGAACGGGCUCAGGAGGCGAUGGAUGCUACAGUGAACACCACUGCUAAUACCACCACCACCACCACAACCACCAACACCACGGGCACCACCAGCGACGGCAGCAGCGAUGCCGAGGCCAGCGAUGGCAGCGAACGACCCAUGGAGGUGGACGAGCAGCCGCCAGAGCCACAGCCAGGAUCUGAGCUCCUUGUUGUGGAGCCGAAGAUCGAGGUCCUGUCCGAGUCGGAGGAGGCAGAGGAGGAGGAGGAGGAGGAUGACCACCACCAUCGCCUUCAUCUGCACAUGUCCGAGGAGCCGGAGAUCCAGGCCGAAGCUGUCUAUGAACGUAUGCCCACCACGCCCACCAGCCCACAACAACACAUAAUACCGCCCAACGAGACGCCCGCUUUGACCUCCACGCCCAAGGUCAAUGUGGAGCAGUAGGAGGAGCCACGGAAGAGUGGUGCCCCCCUGAACAUGCCCCCAAAGAAGCUGCUAAAAUUUAGGAUAAGUAUACACGACGACGAUGAAGAAAGAUGAUGAGUGAUUUACAAAAGAAGAACAUGAGAGAAGAUUUGCGCGCGAAGAAAGAUGACUACUGUUGCAACUGCUGUUGCCCUCGGAGACCAACACCACUACCACCACCACCAUUACUAGCACCACCAAGCUAAAGACCCAGAAUCUGGGCAGAUAAUUAAACUAAACAAAACAAAGAAUUACUAAUAAUGAUAAGAUAUACGAUACAAGAAACAAAUACGUACACAUGCAGGCAGAAGGCAGACAGACGCACACACGAACACGAACAGAAGGCAGUAUUUGAUGUCCAACUUUUUGCAGAACAUUUUUAUUACAAAUUUGUGUUGAAGCCACCAUCCAUUUUCGCAAAAAAAAAAAAAACAAAACAUAAAUUCAACAAAAAUUUGUAACAAUUUUCCCCCAAAAGAAAAAAGCCAGUAAAAAGAAGGAAACCACCAGAACAGUAAAUACAGUAAAGCAUCGCAAAAGAAAUACACACAGAAACAGUAACAAAAAAAAAAAAAUAGUACAAUUGCAAUCCGGCUGAAAAAUUGUUUUCAGGGUGCUAAUCAAUGCAACAAACCAGAGUUUAGUGCACUUGCAACACCAUCCAGUGCCACGCAGAACGAGUAACAAAUUAAAACUAUAACUAUGAAAUAGUAAAAUGCAAAAAGUUUGAACGUUUUUGAUUGGUACAGCCUAAGAAUGAGAUGAAGGACUUAGUUCGUCCUUGUAACAAGUAUAACGAAUUUGUUUAGUCGUGUGUGUUAAUGAGAGAAGGAUGAUUAAUUAUUGUCGCAUAUAUAUUUUUUGAUUUCCUAUAGUAACAAGACAUUACAAACUGCAAGUUGCCUCAAAUCAAACGAAACGAUAAUGCUAAAAAAAAAAAGAGAAAAACAAAACACAGAAUUUAAGUAAAUUGAAUUAAACUAAAGUGUAAACAAAUAGCUGCAACAGACAAACUACAAAGCAACAAUAGCAACAACAAAACCGCAACCACAAGUACCUGCAAUAAUUAAAUAGUAUAAAAAGAAACAAAAGAAACAAAAUACAAAAUAGCAAUUGAGAAACGCUAGGAGGAUGGAGCCAGCCAGACAGGACUCACUCCUUGGGGGCUAAGGCGAUCGUCCGCACUUCCAAGUCCCCGCCACCCGACUGCCCUUUUGUCCGGUUUUUUUGUAAAUAAUUUUAUUAAAUUUAUCAUACGAAAAGGCAAAUCAGGGAUAUCAGUAGUGUGUAGGGUCAAGUGAUAGGGUCGCCCUCCAAGGAGCACACCUCCGCGGGCCAGUGCUCUACAUCAGAAUAAUAAUUUUUGCUUUAACGAAACAUACAACUUUUGUUUUGUCAUUUUCUAUAUGAUUUUAUGAUUAUUUUAUUUAAUCGUGUUUAGGCCUCAAAAUUUCAAAACAAACUGCUUUUCGGCUACCAAAAAAAACUAAAAUUCAAAUUCAAUUCCGAAUUCAGAAGUUUCUAAUGAAGUAACAUAAAAAACAAUUGGUAAAUUGGGUGCCUAUAAGAAAUAUAUAAUUAAAUGACUACUAGUGAAAUUUUAUAAACAAAGGAAGAAUAUAUUUAAAGAUUUAACAAUGGGAGAGAAAUAGUAAGGAAAGCGUAAAGUAAAUGUAAUUAUUUUUUAAUUGAAUAAUUCUAGCAAACAUUAAUAAUUCAAUGUUGAUUGAAAAGCGAGCAAAGCAAACAAAUGAUUAAAAAAAAAAAACAAAAAAUAAUUAUAUAAUAGCAGAAACCACUCAAAAACGUUCUCAAAAACUUGACGGCAACAACAACAACAAGCAAAACAGCAAUAAUUACAGCAAACAAAAUUCGAAAUCAAAACAACUUUUGGCACACCUUUGGAAAACAUUUUUCGUACAAAAGAAAAUUCACCAAAAAAGAAAAAAAUCCAACCAACAAAAAUUCAAAAUUCAUUUUUUCGGCUCUUAUAAUUUCGAAGGCUACAUCAAAGGAAGAAAUUCCUAAAAUAAAAACUAUGGAAAAAACAAAUCCACAAAUAAGCUGUAAAAUAUUAAAGAAAAAAAAAUUAAGAAAUUGUUGUAAGCGAUCGAGAAAAGAAAAAUUUAAUGAAACUGCAAUUGAAAAUAUUGAGAAAGAAAAAGAAAAUAAUAUUCUGCCAGCAUGAAAAUGGGCGGAACUUGUAAAUACAUUUAUUAAAAAUGCAUAUAUAUAUCAUUAGAAGAAAAUAUAUAUGCAUGACCUCAGUUGUAUAAUGAUAAAGCCUAGAUCUAAAUAUUAAUAUAUGUACGUGUAUGUAUACAUAAUGUACUAAGCGCAUAUGUAGGAACACUUUAGGCUCGCCAACACUGAGAAAAGGAAGGAAGUAAGGGUUUUAUUUUAGAUAUUAGAUGCUAAACUAAACUGAAUUUCAAUUGUGAAACUGUUUUAAUUUGUACGUUUUCCGUUAGCAGGUUAUCCAGCAGAUAGAGGUUAUCCAAUGAUAGCAGCAGGGUGAUAAAUAGCACACACACUCCGAGCAGAAUCCAUAGCCAAAAUGUUAAAUAUUUAAACUACUUUUAAUAACUGUUGAUCACAAAAAACAAAAACCAUUUAAACACAUCACUACACACCACCACACACACACACACAAAACAAUUUCAAACUAUUUUUUAAACCCAGUUUGUUCUGUGAUAUUCGUUUUGAAGUUGCAAGAAAGUUUAGUUCUUUUCGUUUUCAAAAAAUCAUUCAAAUCCCAAUCAAGAAACGAAAACUCGAAUUUUAUUUUGGCAUUCGUGUUGGGCAGGAAAGAAAAGUGCAACAGAGCAAUAGCAAUAUUUUAAAAUUACAAUUAAAGUCUGGCAAUAUUUAAAGAAAAAAACAAAAACUACCUCUUCACCACACCCCUCCUCAUGCCCAUGAGCAGAUUUCUUUCAAGUCCUGUCGCCAGUUUGCAGUCCUUGUAUCCUCGCCCGCGUUCUCUGGAGUCUGAAUUACAUUUUAUUUUUAAGUACGUUGGCGAGGUACAAUCGCUCCAACUGGCCGACAGGGCCAAGCCAUCAAUCAGUCAAGCAAUCCGUCAUUCAGUGAAUCAAUCAAACAAUAUAUAUAUCUGCUAAUCAGGGGUUAGAAAGAUUAAACGUAAUAUUAAUAUUAAUUUUACGUACUUUUAGGUUUAUGUUAAUUUAGUUUUUAAGUUCAGUCUUCGUUUUUCGUUUUACGCUUUACGUUUUACGUUUAGAGUCUAAUCAAACUCAGGAACUCAUAUACCUCAGGAAAGAACCUACCUCUUUGUGUUUAGUCUUGUUUUAAAUAUUUUUAUUUUUUACUAUCCUUAUAACGAGUAUGAUUUCCGUUUGCAUGGGACAAACAAAUAAAACAAGGAAGAUGAGGAGAAACACAAGAAUACGUUGUUGUAAUCGAAGAUGCUAUCAAGGAAAGCUUUAGAUUUAGUUCGAUUAUUGGUUAGUUUUAGUGAGGAUUAAUUUUAAAACUUAAAUGCAAAAGACACAAUCACAUAAACAACAUGCAACACACAACCAAUCACACAAUAGCAAUAAUGGAAUGGGAAACCAAAAGACCAGAUCGAACUGCAAUAGUAAACUGAACUACCUCAAUUAGCCAUAGACUGCGCAGUAACGAAAUUAGCAUGAUAUAAUGUAACUUUAUACACUUCCCGAUCUUUAUUUCCCAACUAAUUUUAUUCUUUUUGUAAAAUGGUGACACACGAACCUACAGACACAACCCAAAACCGUUGGCAUUUGACAAGGAACUGUUUUAGUUGAAAAUUCUUUUGGUUUUCAUGUAAAUAUGCGCUAAAAAGGAAGGUCACAUAAACGUAAACCUACAAAAAUAUAUGCUUUUGGCUAAAUUCUAAUUAUAAAAUAAACAAAUAUCCUCAAGUUUUACUAUCUAUGUGUAGAGAGCAGACGUAGGCGAUAUAUGACCAGGAUUAAGAUCAUUUGUAUACAUCAAUUUCGGCAAAGCAACUAAAUGAGGCAAACCAAACGAAGCACGUGUCCGAGCAGCGUGACUCAUUAUAAUCUAUAACUAUAAAACAAAAAUACAAAGAAAUUAUUUAAGGCUACAAAAUUUAAUCCAAAAAGGAAGAGAAAAUCCACAGAAACACUAACGAGACGAUGCAUCCCAGUGAAUGGUAUGGUAUACUUUUGCUUGAGCCAAGUCCAAAUGGCCAAAUACGACAAAAUUUUGAGCAAAGAAAAAAUCUACAUUUAACUAAAUUCAAAGCAAACCCCACAUGGUUAUAAAAAAAAUAUAUAAAAUUUAAAAGUAAACAUUUUGCUAAACAUAAAAUAAAAUUUUCUAAAAGAAACUUGCGUAAUACACACAAACAAAAAAAAAAAACAUUUUAGGCUUAAACUUUUGGCUAAAGAAAACAAAAUUUAAAUAUUAAAAUUAUUAGGCACACGCAAAAAGAAUAUGUAUAUGCAUUAAAUAUUAUACAUUAAUAUUUAUUUAAAAAAAAAGCUAAAAAAAAAGCGGAAAAGAAAAAGCAAAAAUACUUUAUCUGUAAUCAGAUUUUAGGCCCAACUUUUCGACAAGCGGCGUAAAAUAAUUUCUUUGUAAAAUAUGUUUGCAAACAAAAAAAAAUCGAAAGAAAAAACCCAGAAAGCGUAAUUAACUUAAUCUAAAAAUUAAAAUUAAAAAACACAAAUGUCGCCAUUUUGCAUUUAGAGCGUACAGUAAAGCACACAAACGUCGACGUUGAAAAAAAUACCGUCACGAAAACCAACAAUUAUUGUACAUAAAACAUAUAAAACAAAAACGAUAAAAAAUGUGUAUUGUAUAUUCGUAAUUUUUGAAACAUUUUUAGUUACCAGUUACCUUUACCCUUGCGUUGUAUAAAUUAACUUUUAAGCAAACCCCAUAAAAUAAAAACAAAACGAAACUGUAACAAGAACGCAAAUAUAAUAAUGGGAAUAAUAAUAAUAUAUAGUGUGUGCACAGGUACAAACAAAAUUGAAGUUCAAUUUAAAGUGAAAAUUAGUGCACCGAACACAUUUGAUAAGAACUCGAUGUAAUUUUUGUUAUAUAUUUUUGUUAGUAAUUGUUUUUCUAUUAAUAUUUAGUGCGAAAUGUCAAAACAAAACAAGAAAAAUAACACGAAAUCCCCCUUUCAACAAGCCAAUUGUACUUACGAUUUGUUUACGUUCUUAUAUAUAUAUUAUUUUUGUGACACUUUCCGUUGACAGUAGAGUGAAGCCUCCGGCUGGAGCUUCUUAGUCACAAAUUGCAAUAGAACCGCGCUAUCCCCUCUCCUGGAAUUACCAUUAUGUUUAAUUUACCUAAGUUAUUCCAAAUAACUAUAAAAUAAUAAAAGGAGAAAAGCGAAAAACUGCUUGCACUAAAAACACACACAAUUUAAGUUUAAGAAGCAACAAGAAUGUAAUAUAUAUUUUGUAUAUUUUGUAACAAUUUUCGUCUGGUUCUGUUCGAUCGCAACAAAUUGGCUUGUUUACACAUCUUUUCUAAUUUGUAACAAUUAUACGAUUAAAUCUAAAUUUAUAAUAUACACACGUAAAUGCUAAAAACAAAAUGCAACUAAAUAAAUGUUAAACCCCAGAAAAAAAAACAAAAACCUCUAAUUGGCAAUUUUCAUUGGUUCUAAAUCUAAAUUGACAAAAAAAAACACUACAUUUUCCUCCCCCUACAGUACUGACACCCUAUGGACUCCAAACCGCACUUCCCCCAUCCCAAACCUCUCCGAAAUUAAAUGUAAAAAAUAAUGUAUACUAAAGUUUACGAUAAUCGAAAGUAAAAGGAAACAAAAUUUAUGUGUUUAGGCCUAAGUAACUUUACAGUUCAGUUCAUUGCAAAAUUUUGAAGAGGAUAACGCUUCUCGAAAUCGACUGUACGAUAUCCGACUAUAUAUAUGGUAAUAUAUAUGGUAAAUAGUGUGCCCUCCCCUCUCUCAAUGUGUAAAUCAAGUUGUUGUAAAUUUGUCUAAAACGAUAAAUCGAAGCAAGUACAAAUUAUAUUUAAUGUAUGUGUGCAUUUUAAUUAUUUAAAUAUUCCAAUUUUUUCGUAUUAUGUUUUGUUUUUACUCUGAUUUUUUAUCGUAUAUAAGGUCACACUUAAAAGAAAAGUAAAAAAAUGAAAAGAAAAGCUACAAAAACUUUUGGAACAAUGAUGAGUACAAAAUUUCAGGUAAACCAAACAAAAUUUAGCAGAUAAAUUAAAAUUAAUUAAAUAUAUAUAGAGGUAUCGAUGAAGGCAAAAUCGUACAAAUUUUUCGGCAUAAAGUAUAAAGUUAAAAUUUUAAGGAAAACUGUCAAGAACAGGCAGUUGGUGUGACUUUAAGGAUUGAGUGAUGAUUGAAGUUCAGUUUCAUCCGAUCAAUGUAUUUAAUCACCUCUGAAUUAGUGCAUUUUAAGUUUCCUAAUUUCCAAUCAAAGGCAACAAAACUUGAGUUACACAUGACAACCUACGUUAAAUCAUAAACAUUUGAUUCAACUUUGUUCUGAACUGAAAAGUUUUCAAAAUACUACCAUUUUCUCCAUUUAAAUUCGACAAAAUAACGAAAGGUUCGAAUAGAGUCCACUCAGAAAAAAAAGAAGUAUAUUUAAAUAUACUUUAAAGACAUAAUUAUGUAUAUGUAACAUAAAUGUAAAAGGAUAAACCGAGACGAAAAAAUAGUUUUAAAAAAACGAAAAUCCGUUUGGAGCAAACUCAGGGCAUUAUCAAGACUCACGACGAUGUAUACAUGCAUUUAAUAUAACAACCUUUUUCGAUAUGUAUUACGAUUAAAAUAAUAAUACAAAAAUUAACAAAAAAAAAAAAAAAACAAACGAGUAAAUGAAAAGACAGAUGUAAUAAUCUUGCGAAUCGAUUAUGAACAACUCAGGUAUUAAAUAUUAAAUGAAAUAUUUUUAAAAACUUAUAACGAAAUGAGAACGGCAGUCAAGUCAACAUUUUCACAAGUUGUGCAAUAUUCUUAAAGUUUUCUAAAUACGUAAUAGUAUUAAUAAUCUAAAAACAAAACUAAAACGAAAAUGAAAAGUGAAAGUCAGAGAAAGUAAAAAAGCAAAACCAAUCGGCGAGUUGAGAUGUUCAUAAGGCAUGGAUUUGAGGAUAAGGCGCGGGUUAUGUGAGUUUUUGGAAGCACAUGACGACCAAACAUGUACUUACUACUCCUUUAGCAUUUUAUUUUUUAACUACCAACCACACAAAAAACCAACAAAACUUACAAAUACAAACCACAACAAAGGACACACUCAAACACACAAGAAUACACAUUGAACAAAAAAAUAGUAAAAUAAAUAGCUAAAUGAAAAUGAGUUUAUAUAAAGAAGGAAAACAUAAAACUGUGAUUACAUUUGAUUAUCGAGACGUUGAUGAGCGAAUGUUGCAUAAUUAUUGAGCAAAAGAAGGAAAAAAAAAUUGAAAUUGGAAUUAUUAUUGUCUGAAACUGCUUUUGAUUUUGAGUAUUGGCAAAAAUGUCUAUGAAUGCGACAGAGCAUAAGUAAAUAAAUAUUUAAUUAGCCGAAAUAUUAAACUUCAAAAGAAACAAAUAAGAAAAUGCAAAUUAUAAUUAUCUAAGUUACUUGGGAUUAGCGAAGCCUACUAACCUUAUUUUACAAUGCUAGUUUACCAUUUUAACCAGGCUGAAACUAGAGCUGCGAAGAUACUUUCGAUUUAGUUCACAUUUCCCUGAACAAUUUCCGCAUGUAGUGCACUUUAGUUAAAAAUUAAAGUCUGAGAUUUUACAUUUAUGUAUAUGGUCAAGGUAUACAACUUAAAGCGUAUUCGAGGCGGGAAUCUGAAACCAAAUCGAUUAAUUAAGUUUAUUGAAAUACUUAUUAAAAAUAAAACACACUCUCACUUACACACUCACACAUAUGUAUUUGGCUAUGUAUGUAUGUAAAAAUGAAGAAGAGAAAAGAUCGAAGCUAAAAAAUGGAUUUAAAAGUAUGGAAAGGAAGGAAG